ACUAUUUGAACAGCUUUUUUCUAGUGUUUGUUCCAUCAGGCGCUUAUAAGAGUGGGGGGCUCACAACGGUUAGAGUCGUGUUAGUAUACAUGUAGCGACAAUGAAGACAAUAGUCCUGUGCGCUAUAGUUGUUUUGGAGCUAGUCUCCUCUUUCCCAUUCCCGGAGCCCGCGUACUAUGACACGUACGAGCCCACAGAAAUCCAAAUACCAACUCUAGCACACUCUCCCGACCUGUACGAGCAACAACAACGUUACAUCAAACAGCAGAAUGAUAACAUCCGCAGGCAAAACUAUGAGAACUUGUUGAGGAAUCAGAUCCUGACGCGGCCGAGCUACAAUAUUCAACCUGUGUUGAACACCGUACGCGACCCGUAUAUCGACUCGAUACCUCUGCAGCGGCCGCUUCAGCGCGCUCAGUAUGAGGCGCCCUUAACACCGCAAUACUAUCCUGUUCAACGCCAGCAGCCUAUUCGGCAAUACCAGCCAGUGCAAAGCCAGGACUUCCAAGUAGCAACAGAGGCCCAUGCCGAAGCCGGGAACUCACAGGGCGCGAGCCAGCAGACACACAACCCGUAUCAUUAUACGCAAUUCAACGCACAAAAUCUGGCGUCCCACCCGCGAAUCCAGCAAAUCCUAGCUUCCACGCCGCUCAAGAAACGCUAUUUAGUGCUCCACCCCAACGGAACCAUCGAGCAUAUCGACAAGAUUGAACACAUCGUCGAACAGCACCCUAAUUACAUCUUAUUGAACGCUGGAAGCGUUACACCACACAAUGAGAGUAAAAAUCCAGGUUCAGCGCAAAAUCCGGUGGUCCCACAGGCCCCAGUUGCCCCCGUAGCACCUAAUUCCCCAGUGACACCAGCGGUACCAAAUGCUCCAGUAGCACCAGCGGUACCAAAUGCCCCAGUAGCACCAGCGGUACCAAAUGCCCCAGUGGCUCCAGCGACACCGAAUGCCCCAGUAGCACCAACAGCACCAGUUAUCCCAGCAGCCCCUGUAUCACCAAAUGCCCCAGUACCUCCGGUUCCAGUAGCCCCAUCGCCUCCUCCGGCCCCUGUAGCACAAGCACCUAAUGCACCAACGGCACCAAUAUCUUCAGCUGCACCUAAUGCCCCAGUCGCCCCAGCUGCGGCUGCGCAAAUAAACACUGUCCCUACGCCACCAGUAGCCCCAGCACCAUUUAACCCAGCCCCGGCCCCAGUAAAGCCAGCCCCUGCACCAGUUAACUCACCAGUACCGGUUGGUCCAAUUGCUGGACCUUCACCAAACUCCAAGCCCAUAUCUCCACGAUAUACCUCUAUUCAAACUGGCAUCGUGCCUGGCCCAAAACCAACGGUUCAACCACCAACCGGCCCAACUCCUGACCUUCCACCCGCCCUAAACCGACAGUCCCACCACCAACCGGCCCAACUACCGAGCUACCACCAGUUGCACCCACAGCACAACCACCAAUAUGGGAAACGACUACUGCAACUUUCAUUUACCCUCCACCAACUACUCCUUUACCACCAGUAA